CGCGUUAUGCUCGCCUUUUCUCACCUUUUUUGAUUUCUCCAUCUUAUGUGUUGGUUUUGCCUUCGUUUCCUUCCUCGUCAAGCCGUGUUUUUGUUCAUCUGUUUUACCUUCAGUCCGCGUUCUGCGAAAAUUUCAGCUGCCGUCCCGACCCUGCUGUGUCGUAGAUGCAGUUCUUUUCUCUCCCUCUGAUUCGCCUCCCUUUUGCUCGUUCUCCUUCCGUCAUCUUCUGCUUUCUCCUCCAUUUUAAAGAGGUUUUCCUCGCUUCUGUCCAUGGGUUACCCCCGUCGGCGGGGGGCCCUCAUCCGCCCACCACUUCCGUGUGGAGUCCAGAGGAUCUAAGAGCCAAGGGGAAAGGCCGGAGGGGAAAAGCGAUGGAGGGUGAAGAACUCCGGAAGACAAGGAGAAUGCUCAGGUUGACGAGAGCAAUGUAGGACGGACAUGCUAGGGAGGCGAAGAAAAGAAGGGUGGGAGAGGCAGAACGCUUGAGGAACCGGAGACACCCUCGUCCGCGUGUACUGCGUUUCUUGGACUGGAAUACCCGCUGUCACGCUUGUCUGAGAUCAACAAGGGAACAAAGUGUAGCGUUCUUUCCAUCUGUCGAAAGCACGGCAACCACACUCCGAAGGAAGCUCGUUCUGCCCCGCCGUCUCCAUGUCGCACUCAUCGGUUUCCUGUCUCGCUUCUUCACUCUCCCCCCUCUGUUGCCUCACUCCUCGUUUCCGCUCCAGGCAAAGAAUUGGCUGUGUGACAACUAAAACCAGUUGUGCAAGAGGAGGGUGCGCCUUCUGGGCUGCGUCCCGUAGACAGGCGAAGAACUUGACAUUCAUGAGGUAUGCCAGGUCGGGUCUCCCAACGCUUCUCAGCUUCCUUGUCUUUUUUUUCAUCGUUCUCUUCACGUCGUUAGCCACCGAAGGGGUGUCCAUCAGCUGCGACGUUUUAUCUUCUGCUCUGGGUGGCUGUCGGAUGCACAUCCUGCCAAGAAGUUCUACCGGUUCUCCCCUUUUCUCGUCUCAGGGAGACUUACCUUGUUCGGUGCAUUGCCUCGUUUCUUCUUCGCUAGCUCCUGCUGGUUUUCAGCCUCCCUCAUUCAUCACCCAGGCUGUAUCGUUGUCUUUACCUAAGGGACAAGAGAACCUCUCCAGUGGAUCUGUGGGGUGUCUUUCCACUUCUCGCGGCCCUUUCUCGACUCUUUCAGUGGCCUCCAGUUUGCCGGCGCCUUCUGGAUUGUCUCCCUUCUCUUCUCCCCUUUGUUCGUCUCGCCGUGCUUUUUCUGGUCUCUCCGCUGCUCUCCUGUCGUCUGCGUGGCGACUGUGCCCCGCGCACAAGCCUGUUGGACCUGCUGCGAGUUCCGCGUGGACUGCGCCUUUUUCUCCUUUCUCUUCGUGUGUGUUUGCGCCCUUUCGUCUCGGGACUGAGGACGUCGACAGACAGCCGAAGCUUUGGGCUGUGCCGAAAAAGCGCGUUUCUCACUCUCGGACCCGGACGCGAAGAAGCGUGUGGAUGAAGCGGAAGCCGAAGAAGCAAUACGCGUAUAGCUCCAUUGACACGUUCGAGGCGCUGCAGCAAACUGAGGGAACGUUGACUGCUGGACGGACACUGCAUGCGAACUGGCUCUCUCUGCCGGGUGGGGUGUAUCUUCACCGGCUGAAGUAUUCCGUUCGAGGUAGCGGCCAUUCGCCGGGCAUGGCAAGCCUCGGAACCGAGCACCUGGAUUUCCAAAACGAUCUUGAACAACGGAAGACACAGCAGAACCUCUAGAGACAGCUGUGGAGAUACACUGCAGCGACCGCUGCAAAAGCGAGGCGGAGGAGGAAAGAAGGCAGAGCAAGGAGACGAACGGGAGAAGAGCCCAACAUGCGAGGCGACAACGAAAGAUGACACGAGAGGCCUUCAACGCAUUUCUUGCCUGACGUGUUUCGUCUGUUUCUCGAAAGCAGACACCGGAAAGCCGAGCUUUUUAGAGUCCAAGGCGCGCAGACAACAGAAACGGGAGGGACAGCAAGAAGGCACAGGGGACACCAGUGGUACUUUCACGUACUUUCCUCCCACACAGCCGCCUUGCUCGCGCGCCCUCCUUCCACUGUCUCUCUCUCGCCUCGGUUGCGUACGUCGUUCCCCUUUUCUGUUCUCCUUCCUCCACGAUGCGGCCUUCGUCUUCAGAGGAGAGACCUUCUGUGUCUCCGACCGCUUCGGCCGCGUCCAGUGCGCCGUUUGCUCUGUCGGCUGCGGAUCGCCGGCUGCUGCUGCUGUCUUCGGCGACGGUGAUCUCGCAGCGGACGCCCAGUCACCUUUCGCGGCCAGAAAUUGUCGAGUUUUUCUCGCGCUUUGGGAGCUUGCACGGGCCUGGCGACGGCCUCGCGUUCCCAAGUGACCGGCGCGACAAACGGCUGCUGAUUCGUUUCCGACAUCUCCAAGAUGCCCUGCGGUGCCUGAAGGCUCAGGGCUUGCCCCUGGAGCGUCGCGGCGGGGAAGAAGAGCGCGAAAGCGAGGCGAAGAAGGCUGAGAGAAGAAGCGACGAGUUCAACGCUCUUUCUGCCGCCCCAGGAGACACUGCGUGGAGCCACCCCCUGCAGCUCAGCCGCGAAGACAAAAUCAAGCUUUCUGCGCUCCGAGGCAACGCCCGCGCCAUGCAGCUCCUCCACAGCGAAGGCACUCUGCAGCGUCUGCGCGGGGGCGAGAAGAGCGAGAAGGAGCAGGAAGCGCCGGGUCGAGCUGGCGACAGCCGACUGUCGGAAGAUCAAAAACGAGGCAGGGGAGGCCUAGCCACGCGGCCAGGGGCACACUCCCAGUCGCUGUUUGCGGAAGACAGCGAACGCGUUUCUGGCGGAGACAGAGGGCGAGAGAAACACCCUACACAUGGGCGCAUUGCGGACGACUCGAGCGUGGAAGAACCCCCGGCAGAGCGCGAUGCGUUCUUCGACAGUCGGAGUUCUAUCCCUUCUGGAGGGGGACACGGGACCGACAGGAGAAGCGUGCAGAGAGACGAGAAGGCAGAGAGACAAAGAGCCGCUUCUGGCGACACGGGGACGAGCGAGAGAGAAGGGAGAAGGACCGACAGUCCCCUCAGAGAUCUGCUUUCCGGGGCCUUGGUUGCAGAUCAGCUGAAACAAACAGAAGGCUGGAGAUCCGGCUCUCUUGUGUCGGACCCGCGGCGAGCUGGGGCGCUCGGCGAGACAGGUGGCGCCUUCGGUUUCCACGAAAAAACGUUUGCGCGGGCGAGGGACGAGGCAGGGCGCUUGGGAGAGACGCUGAGGGCCGACCGCGACGGCGAAGACGGCGCCCAGGAAGACGAAAACACGAAAGCUGCGAGGCUCUCGGCUGAAAAGGCCUUCACACGGCGAAGAGCAGAGGCAACACACAGCUUGAUGAUUUCCUCCCUUGCUGGCUUCAUGUUCAAUCCGGAGAACCCGUAUGACAACUACCUCAUUCCAGCUCUUCCCCGGCCUGCUCCUGCCGUCCCGACGCAUACGUCCUCGGCCUCUCCUCCCAUGUGACUCGCCUCUGCCUAGAUAGCUGGCUCUCCAACUACCAUUUAAAGAUGUAGAAAUGUAUACAAAUAUAUAUGCAUAUAUACAAGAUGAACUCCUUUGAUCAGAUUCGUAGAUUCCGUGUCAUCUGGUGUCCAGCUUCUAUCUCGCGGUCUGUACCCGCGCGUCGCAAGAGCUUUUUAAGUGGUGUCUGUCCCUGAGUGUGUACAUUUUUCUGCACCGGGUUGUUCUCGCGGUUUUGUGUCAGUUGAGGCUGCAAGUUUCCUCGUUCUCUGGAAGACUCCCCGAGAGAGCCGGUCUACAGGUCCUACCUACUUCUCCAGUUUUAAGAAAAAUGGCA